CCGCGCAUGCUGGAGCCUCAUUUCACUUUAGGUCCGGUCAGAGGAAGCUGCUUUAGUUCAUUAACGAGUUAAUGCUUUUCUCAUUACACACUGUGUUAAAAGAAAGUGGGUAAAUAUGCGUAAGUGGAUACAAAUGAUACGGAAACUGUUUGGUAAGCGUCCCAAAAUCCCUCCUCUUCCCAAGGAGAAUGUGGAGGAGGAGAAUGAGGCAGAUUUACAGCUGGAGGAGCAGAAGGAUUGUGUGAAAACACAAGAGCACCUGCAGGCUCAAAAGCUGGAGAACAACCAGGAGAUCCUGUUAUCACUUCACAGGGUUUUUGAAAAGCAUGCAGAGUGCUCUGAGAAUCUCCUGAGAGAGAUUACAAAACUAACAGAUAUUAUUGAGAAAACAAACAGUGCUGAGAUGCUGUCUGCUGUUCCUUUAUCAGUCAGUCAGGCCUGUGCACCAGCGCAAAAGUCUUUGCUGCCUUUCUGCACAACAUCCUCUUCCUUUAUCAGGUCCAGGAUUCGGCUUCCACCAUUAAAAAAGCUCCAGAUUUCCACUUUGCACAAUGAUGAUGUAAAGCCAUCAAAAUCACCCAAGUUAGCAUGGGAUGACAAUCAGUGCUGCAAGAACACUAAAGAGAUCACGCUGACUGAAAACACUGAAAUGAAUGAUGUUGAGCUGCAAACUGUGGAUGUGACAUCCACAGAGGAAGAAGCAUUUGGUCCCAUGAUUGAUGACAUUCCGAAUGAGCCACUUGACACAAAAACACACCUUUUGGAGAUGAAGUUUAAUGUCAAGAUAGCUGAAUGGUCCAAGUAUGAGAAGGAAGAGAAGGUGAAACUAAAGCUUGAGAUGGACGAGGCAAAGCAGAUAAGGCAAAAGGAAAUUGAAGACCUAAAAUUGAACGUGAAAUUUCUAAACAAGGAGGCCAAACGUGAAAAGCAGGAGGGGAAAAAGAAGCUAAAAGAUCUAAAAAAGGAAAUAAAGAAUGAAAAAUCUAAGCUUCUCCUUGAGCUGAAAGAGCAAAAAACGAAAUUGAAGAUGGAGGAAAAGGAGGAGAGUAACAGGAAAAAGACGGAAAGACACACUGAGGUUGACGAGGAAGAGCAUGAAGAAAAAGACAAACAGCCCUUAAAAAGCAAAUUUAGAAUAACCUUUAAAUUCAGUGGUUGUAAGGAAAGGAACAAUAGCAUGUAAGUUUAAAACAUAAAAUCAUAACACUGAUGAGCUGGAAAGACCUUUGAGAUAUAGUGGAAGACAUUCAACCAGAAAGAAAUUCUCAGAAAAUCCUCAAUAAAAGCAAUGCAUUAUAAAACUCAAA